GAACAGCAACUACAUUGUCAUGCAAGUGGUCGUAGCACCACCGCCUCUUUGUAGCCCCCUCGGCCAUCUUUGAAUUGGAAUCCCGAAACUGCCGAGGGCUCCGGCGCUGAUGUACCGUGAAAUGUGUCGAUGUUCGAUGACAAAGGCUUGAGACGCCCUCGCAUGUGGUAUUAAUAAAUGGCGUGGACGCGCUCCCCUCCAUCGAGUCUAAACACUCUCGAAAUCAUCAACUCGCACAGUCGCCUUCAUACAGUCUUGCGCUCAAUCCCCAACCCAACCUCCCCGAUUCCAGCGCUGAACUCCUUUCGCGAAGCCUCGACAAUAUGGCCAAAGACAGAACCACCAAUCGCACAGGUCCUCACGUCGGGAGCCAGCCCAGUAUCGACAUCAAUAUCCUUGACGGCGAGAAUAUAACGGAGAGAGAACGGUCGAAUGAGAACAGGCAUGGCGUCCCGCGAGAUGUCCCAGGCAAAACGCCCGGCGGCAAGGACCGCCACCACUGCAAACGAUUUGGACACAAGAGUGAUCUGAUAUGCCUCAAGAAGGGUUGCUUGGUUCUCUGCGCCGAAUGCGGGCGGAUGAUAUCGAUGCUGAACGGGGGGAAUUGUUGGUCUUGCAAAAGUGCCGCCACCGAGGCGAAGAGGAAUAGAAAGAAGGCCAAAGCGCUAGAGGAAAAGGAGAAGAAGGAAAUCGAAAAGUAUGGCAAGGUGCGAAAGUCCAAGGGUGUGGCCAAGUUUCUCCUUGCGCCCCGUCCUUCCGGCAUCCGCAAGCGGACCGGCCGCGUCGGCGCCCGCGCGCUCGGCCGCCCUUCACGGCGUUCACAGACACCCCGCCUCCGAUCUUCGAGCCGGGAGCUCCGCGAAGAGGACUUUGUCAAUCUCUAUGGAAUGGACAUGGACCUGGACAACGACAUGGACGACGACAUGGACGACGAGGACGGCUGGAAGGACAUCCGGGAGGAGGAGGAGGAGGACGUCGAUCGCCCAGACGAAAUCGCCCCCGACGAUGAUGAUCAGUACCAGCGGCGCUUGGAGCAGGACGCCGCGCUGCAAAACAGGAUUUGCGAGUCUCUCCACAAACUCCUGUCGUAGGGACCUCGUACGAACUUGUGUACACUUCCUUUUUGUGCUGUUUCCAGAGUCUAAACGUUUUCUUGGGUUGCGUCUCCUUGUUCAUCUACCCGUACUGCCCGUCCCCUCCUUUUGCCCUCGCCCUCUUACCAUCGUUUCUCGUAGCAU